CCGAGGAGGCUCCGAGGAUUACUGCCAUGCAGACGACCGAGCUGACGCCGAGGGACAGCAGGGUUAUGCGCUUUUUAGGAAAACAGUAUUGGUAAACACAGAGAGGGUUAUGAAAUUAAGGAAGGAUAUUCAUUUAUUUGUCCAGUGGCACAAAUUACGCACAGAGAUACGCUGAGUAAUUCCCAUCCACCAAGACUACACACUACUAAAGCAUGACCCAUCUGAGCCUGAACCUGCAGGUGUAAUGACAUGAGCUUAUGUAUUUCAUAGUUCGCAGUUGUUUUAUUCUGAGGACCAGUAAUCUGUCUGUCACCAAUGACCGUCACCUACACAGCCAGAGUGGCAAAUGCUCGCUUCUGUGGCUUCUCCAAGCUGCUUUUGGCCUGGAAAGGCAGCAUCUACAAAGUUUUAUACAAAGAGUUUGUGGCUUUCUUUGCCAUGUACACAGCCAUCAGCAUCACAUACAGAUUUUUCCUGUAUGAUGACCAGAAGAGAUAUUUUGAGAAGCUUGCAAUUUAUUGCAACCACUAUGCCAGUCUCAUCCCCAUGUCCUUUGUACUGGGUUUCUAUGUGACCCUGGUGGUGAACCGGUGGUGGAGCCAGUACACUAGCAUCCCCCUCCCUGACAGGCUCAUGUGCAUUCUGUCGGGCGGCCUCCAGGGCAGCGAUGAGCGGGGUCGCUUGCUGAGGCGAACCAUGAUGCGCUACGCCAGCCUGUCAGCCCUCCUCAUCCUCCGCUCUGUCAGCACGGCCGUCUUUAAACGCUUCCCCACCAUGGACCAUGUGGUGGAGGCUGGAUUCAUGACAAGAGAAGAAAGGAAGAAAUUCGAAGGCCUCCACUCUCCUUAUAACAAAUACUGGAUCCCCUGUGUUUGGUUCACCAACCUGGCUGCCGUUGCCCGCUGUGAAGGCAGGAUCAAAGACGAUCACACACUCAAACUGCUGCUGGAGGAGCUGAAUGCGUUCAGAGGGAAGUGCAGCAUGCUGUUCCAUUACGACAUGAUCAGCGUGCCUCUGGUCUACACUCAGGUGGUGACUUUGGCAGUGUACAGUUUCUUCCUGGUGUGUUUAAUUGGUCGCCAGUUUCUGGACCCCAGUCAGGGCUACCCGGGUCACGACCUGGACCUGUAUGUGCCCAUCUUCACCCUGCUGCAGUUCUUCUUUUACGCUGGAUGGCUCAAGGUUGCGGAGCAGCUUAUCAACCCAUUUGGAGAAGACGAUGAUGACUUUGAGACUAACUGGCUGAUAGACAGAAAUUUCCAGGUGUCCAUGAUGGCCGUGGACGACAUGUAUGGAGAUCUGCCCGUGAUGGAACGAGACCGCUACUGGAACGACUCCAACCCCAGACCACCCUACACUGCCGCCACCCUCUUUGUCCUCCGGAAACCCUCCUUCCAGGGGUCUACUUUCGACAUGGCGAUCCCUAAGGAGGAAAUGCACUUCCAGCCUCUCGAGGAAAUUGCUGAGAACCUUGAGGAGCCUGGUGGUCGUCACCCCAACAUGGCCCUGUUCAACCGCCUCCUAAAUGCAGCCCUCCCGACUGGCUUCAUGGGAGGGGCUCUUCGCCGCACUUCAGCGCAACUCCAGAGACUGCGUCACUCACCGAGCAUUGACCAAUGCACCCGCGACGAUGAAGACAAUGACAGCUGUAAAAUAGGGAAAGGAGGGUCUCUGCCGUCUGGACUGGGGCAGGAAACCCAAAGCACUGUGUGCAGUUUCAGGGAGGACAAGAGCGUCAGAACACCUCUACUGGAGAUUGAGUUUGGAGCCAAGCAGGAGCAUGGGAAGGAGGUGAUGGGAGACGAUAAGAAGGGUGAAGGAGAUGGGAUGACAGAGAGGGCAGUGGAUGAAAUCCAAGCUCUGGUGUCGCUGCCCCCUCCUCCUCCCCAGCCCACGUCCACUCGGCCGGCCUCCACCAUUACCAUCGCUCCCGUCACCCCCUCGGCCUUCCUGUUUCACCCCGCUGCCCACUCCAGUCUGGAGCACUGCAGCUCCCAGCCCAUUAUCAACCAGAGCAGAGCGGUGCCUUCUCUCUCCACCAAACCUCCCUUAGGUGGUCACAAAAUGUCCUUUCUCACUGUGCCGUCAUACGACGAACCACAGCGUUUCCGUAGUGUGAGCAUGGGAUCAGAGCUGACUGGACCUUAACUCAACAUGUUCUCAUGAACUUCUGACUGUCUCAAACUUUAAUGCAUGUUUUCAUGACUGAUAUUACUCAAACAUGUGGUUGUGGCAAUGGCCCCUGAUGACAAACAGCUUUCACUUUUACUUGGCAGCAUUUUUGAGGUUGAACGGUUGUGAUUUCUUUAGAAAUUAAACUGAAAAUGCACUCCACUUUUGUGGUCGAUAAACUAGCCCUCAUAUUUCCACAUUUGAUAUCUCAUUCUUUCUCAUGACUUUUCCUCUCCCGGUACAUAUUUUAAUAUCACUCUUUCUCGAUACUUAUGUUCAUUUUUCCACAUAUCUGCAUACCUCUGUGAAAGUGACGGUUCAUAAAGAAUUUUUAAAAAAUAAAAAAAAACACUAAAAGCUGGGCCAGUGACCAGUCCAUGCUUGUGCUAAGCUCACAUAAAAUAUUUUACUGUUGGCUGAACUUAGCAGGAGUAAUGAAUGCAAGGUGAAAUUACCCUCAAACACAAAAAUUAUAUAGCAUGUCCAAAAGUGUCUUUAUUUUACAUGUUGUAUCUUUGUAUUUAGCAACUCUUUAUCAAUGUAUUAAGUGGGCUUUGCUAAACUACAAAGGUCAGUAAGUGGCAAACUUCACAAGACCACAUUUGGUGCUGUAAAAUGGUAAAGUAAAGUGAAAUCAACUGUCAAGGUGACAACAAUUGUUCAAAACACAGGUUUUACUACCUUUCGUAUAUUUUUUAUUCUGAAAUUUUUAGGUCUGUGUAUUUUAGAUACAACCAUGGUUCAAAAUGUGCAAA